GUACGUCGACAGCGGCAUGGCCGCGUGCGAGUUUGCUGGGCACUACAGGUCCGACAUGCUAGACUUUAUUGAGGACGAGUCCCCGUUCCACUGCAAGUGCUUUCGCCGGUCGAGCCCGUGGGCCGACCCGGUCACCAUCGAGCAGUGGGGUCGCGCUGGGGAGGAGCAGAUCUCGGGGGGCUGGCGCCAUCCCGCACCUCCUCGCGGGCAAGCCCCCCGAGGUGUACCCCAUGGCUUCGGAGAGAAGAAAGUAACGAUGUGUUGCCGCUCAGGCCUCCCAAGUUCAGGAGCAAAAUAA